AUGCGACAUUAUUUUCCGGACAACCUAAUAGUUGCCACUUGGAAAUGCGUAGAAAUUUUUUGUAGUUAGAGAGGGACGAACAUCAGUCCGCUCUGAACACGAUUGAGGAUUUGAAUAAGUCAUUGGAAGAAUCUGAGAGAAGGUAUAGACAGCUUGAAGAAGACUAUAGUCAGUGUGAAGACGAAUGCGAAGAGCUCUCUAGCAAGUUAGAGAGAGACGAACAUCAAUCCGCUCUGAACACGAUUGAGGACUUGAAUAAGUCGUUGGAAGAAGCUGAGAGAAGAUACCGACAGCUUGAAGAAGACUAUAGUCAGUGUGAAGACGAAUGUGAAGAAUUGUCUAGCAAGGCUCGACUCCGCUCUGAUAAGGAGAACCUGCUCGCCUCUUUGGAUAAAACGAAAAAAGAUCUUACCAAAGCCAAUUAUGUCAUUUCUAAGUACUUGAAGGCAGGUAUGUGUAACCCAGACAGGAGUAUGGAUGAGAAGAGGAAUGAGAUGGCCGCAGAUCUGAAAAUGAAAGAAUCGCUUAUUGAUGAGAUGACUGCUUCGAUCGCUGAAUACCAAAAGAAAACGGAAGAGUUGAUGAAAGAGAAUACAGAAUUGCGCGAAACGUUACAGACAAUGGAAGCGGAAAGAACGAGAAAUGCUCGAUUAAUCGAAAUGUACCGUAAUCAGCAACGUGCCGUCGCCUCUCGUUACGUAGGUGUAUCUCCACCGGUAAAUCCUGGAUUUCCCAGCACCUCACCAUUUUUCAAUGGCAGAUCUAGAAUGUUUUGGGAAGAACUCUGGUACGAAAUUGAGUUUCCUUUGGGUGUCCUCAGUCUUGACUGGUUUUUUCUUCUAGCAAUCGAGUACAGCGUUAGUGACACCGUCCAUGCGAACUACGCCGCCCGUCAUCAAUAG